UUUGAACCAAUUAUGAAUUUACUUCAUCCAUGGCAUCAAAACUCCAUAUUUUUUUUUUCUUCUCAACACAGGUCCACUUCAACAUCACCAUUGGCCUCCACACCUGUCCUGACCACGGUGCCGAUGAGGACAUUCAAGUGAUGGUUCGCCCCGUGGGCUACAAUGAAUCCACCACUGUGAGGAUCCACUCAAAAUGUCAGUGCGGUUGUGGGUCAACAAGACGCUGCCACGAGAGCGGACGCUCGCCAUGCGCGGGGACUAUCGACGGCCCAGGUUGGGAGCAGAAGCCGCAUCGGGGACUUGUUAACGAAUCAAACUGGAAUUGCCGAGCGGAAGGCGCUCAGGUGGACUGUAGCGGUCGUGGAGUGUGUGAAUGUGGGCGGUGUACGUGUGAGCACAGCAGACUCGGCACGAUCUAUGGGAAAUACUGUGAGAGUGAUGACUUCUCCUGUUCUUACAAAGACGGACUGCUAUGUGCGGGACGUGGUGCGUGUGUGUUGGGUG